AUGUUGGAGUGCUUCAUUAAAAAGAUCAAGAACACUUUACAAAUGAAGCGAUACAAAACUGUAAUAGAGUCUUGGUAUCUCGUUAACUUUGUCAGGGCGUUAAUGGGUGCUAGCGUCUUAACAGUUAAUGUCAGCAAUGGCCUUGAUUUAGAACAUCGACUCAGCUAUCUCGGCUUCAUCUGUUUCGUCUUUUGGUAUUUACUGUAUUUCUACUGCUCGUUGGUCACCUUUAUGGAAGACCAAACUAUCUUGAGAAUUCUGUACGAUACUAAACUCAAACAAUAUGCCGAUAUCUUCGAGAAUGUUAUGACCUUUUUAUACGUGCUAUACGUAAUGUGGAAGGUGCCAUUCGAUUUGAGCGGGUUUCAGUCUAAAGCCCAGGAGCUCAUCUGCAUCGAUAGAGCAGUAGAAAGUAUGUGUGAGUCUAUUGAUUUCUCCAGGUCUGCUUUUAUCGCCUUCAUUUCUUCCCUGCUCCAAUUUGUGCUGAGCGCGACGAAGAUGUUCGCUCUAUGGAUUAUCUUGAAGAACUGCGACGUAGCCAUGCCAUAUUGUAAAAUGUUUCAAAUUGUGUACGCCGAAAUGCUGGUGAUAAUGCUGGCAUCAUACUACUGUAUUUAUCUAAUCAUCGUAAAGGAACGCUACAUAAUUGUUAACAAACUUCUGUGGGCGGUAAAGGAGAAGAAUUCUACGGAGUACUUAACGAGUUCUUCGUACGGGAGAGACAUGUGCGGAACGAGCAGAAAGCCUUGCGGAUUCAAAAUAAAUAUGUUUGUGAGAAAA